AAGCCAGCGAAGAUGUCCGAGGUGCGGCUGCCGCCGGUCCGGCCGCUGGACGACUUCCUGCUGGGCUCCACCCGCUUGGCUCCCCCGGACUUGCGGGACCUGCAACGCUGGCACAACCGGGUCAUCAAUAACCUCCUUUACUACCAGAGCAAUUAUUUGCUGGUGCUGGGCGCGGGGCUGGUGCUGGGCGGGUACUUCCGCCCCCUCCUGACUCUGCUGAGUGGUGCACUCGUCACUCUGAUGUUUCUGGGCUUCGUCUGGGCGGCUGAGAACAAGGCACCUGCGCGACGCUUCCGGCGGAAUUACCCCUGCACCUGUGUCCUCGCUAUCCUUGGCUCUGCAUACUUUCUGGUGUCGCUCUUGGAAGGCUCUGCCACCUUUUUGUUUUUCAUUGCCCUGCCCAUAAUGUUGAUCCUCAGCCAUGCCUCCUUGCGCCUCCGUAACCUCAAAAACAAGAUUGAGAACAAAAUUGAGAGCAUCGGACUCAAACGCACACCCAUGGGGCUGCUCCUGGAAGCUCUCGGACAGGAACAGGAAGCUGGAUCCUAGACUGCCGCCAUGCUACUUCCUUUCCUUUGGAAAUACUUUACGUACCUACCUUCCUGUUAUCUCUUUCUUCCCCCACCCCCGGCCUUUGUGUUUAUCUAGUCACUUAACCCAGUCUAGCGGCUUGGCUGUGAGCUCAUAUAAAAGACGCAAUCUCUUUGGGAUUAGAGCAGUCAACCUGUGGAGCCCCCGGGCUCAAAGUCGCACUCAGUAAGAUUUGAGAGCAAAGUAAACGUGGAGAGCAAAUAGGGUGGCAUCAAGGUGGCAUUCCUAAUUGACCGUAGGUAUGAUUUGUCAGGACUCUUCCUUGUUUGGUUUUAGAGUAUACAAGACAGGGAGAAGCAGCAAGUAAGAUUAAUGAAUGACGAGGUAGUAUUUUUUUAAAACGUAAGGUGUUAACCUGUGGGACUCCUAAUCACUUGAUUAAAAAACCCUCCCAUAAGCAUCAUGGCCUGAUACUAGAACAAAGAGCAGUCAGUUGGCAAAUUACAAGACAACCUAUUUCUAGGUGUCCUAAGGGAGGCUAGUUUGUAUGUUAGUAUUUCACAUUUAUAUAGACUUUUGAAUGCUCCAAGUGCUUCACAUAUAGUAUCUUGCUAUAGUCUGUACCACUAUCCUGUUGUUUAAGUCAGUAUUGUUUCUCUCCAUAUUGCAGCUAGAGGACUGAGGCUGCCAAAGGAUGGCUUGCCUCAGUCCACCCACCAUGUUCUUCUCAGAGCUGAGAUCCAAAUGAAGAUCGUCUAUUAUCCUAGUUGCUGUACGGCAACAGCUGCUCUAUAGAAUUUCUGGUCGUCUGGUUUUUAGAGACAUCAAGCAAGAGUUCCUAUUAGAGCGAGUUGGGUUGCUUGUGGGGAGAGGUGGUGACAGUAAGCAAUAGGAAGCCAUUUUGAAGAAGAGCUAGCUGAGCCUUAAAAGGCAUAAGGAAGGCUAGCAAGUCAUUAACCCUGGAGGUCUCUCUUGAGGGAAAGGGGAAACUCCAAAGUACAAUCAGCAGACGAGGACCUAUGUUGCAAACUAUACAUUCAGAUUCUAAGGAGGAAAGUCCAUCCUGGGUAACUCUUGUUUUGUGCAUAUGGUUUUGAGGGAAGCAAAAAAUCCUUGACCACUUCCAAACUGGGCAAAGUUCAAAAUGUCCUUCUACAGCACCCUCCAUAUUCAAGGUAGUCUGUAUUUAGAUGGGUGCUACGUAAAACUUCAGAGGACGGACCAAACUUAGCAUAGUGUGCAGUUCUGACUAGUGUGUGAGAUGUUGUCAAGAGAUAAAUUGCUAAUAAAUGAAGGCGCAAAUAGAUUCUAGAAGUAUUUCCAAAAACACACAAAAAAGAUACAUAAAACUUCAGAGAACGGACCAAACUUAGCAUAGUGUGCAGUUCUGACUAGAGUAUGAGAUGUUGCCAAGGGAUAGAUAGCUAAUAAAUGAAGGAGAAAAUAGAUUCUAGAAGUAUUUCC